UAUACCUAAAAUGUACGGAGUAAUUCAUUUCUAGCAAUACAUUGCGUUACGAAAUGUAACAAGUGUUGCCGCUGAGAAAUACCACAAAAAUUCACUAUAAUUUUUUUUUUUUUCACCACAAAAUCUUUUGAAAAAGAAAAAAAUUGGAAUCCAAGGUUUCCGAAACGUAGUGAAACGGGUUUCCAAAUUUUUCUUAAUUACGGAAACGGCCCCGAAACGGGAAUUUGAAGUUUUCGAGUUUCCGAAACGCUUCCGAGUUUCCGAAACGUGGAAACGUGAGCCAUGAAGAGUUUCCGUGCUUCUUAGCCCCUGAACCUAAUAGCCAACGAAUAACCUCUGCUCUUGGACACGUCUGCCUAGGCUCUUGCACAAGGAGAAGUCCGCACCAUCUCCGUCUAGCUCCUCCGGCGCAUCGACCUCGCCGCCACCUCCCUGUCGUCCGCCACCAGUGUAAUAUGAAUCGACCGUCGCCGCCACCAGCCACUCGGGUAUUCAUCUCCGCCGCCCACCAUUAUCUUCUGAUUCGAUUAUCGCCUACGCAUCUGCAAAAUCGCCGUCAAUUUCAUCGAGAGUUGUCAGUCAACAAGAAUAUUCGCCAUUACAUCGAAGUUUCUUAGCUAUUCCUUCUUCAUUUCUUUUGACACCAGAUCUGGUUCGGUGGUUAGGGUUUUCGGCUGAGGUUAGGCGGUGGUGGGUUGGGGUAGUGGUGGGAUGGGACUAUGUUGGGCUGAUCCAAGCCUAGAGCUGGGAAGGGGUGAAUUUUGGCUCGGAGGUGGAGCAGGGGAGGGGGUUGGGGCAGGACAGGGACGUGACUGGGGAGCAAGGGAGGGGGUUGUGGUGGUCUGGGCGGGCAGCGUUUGGUCGGCUGUAAGAGCAUGUGUGGCGGCGGGCGGAACAUGUUUAGCGGUGGGCAGCGGCAUGGUUGUAGGAGAUAGUGGCCGAUGUCAUCCUGUGUCUGCAAUAGCCAUGGUCACUGUUGAAUCAUGUAAAUGUAAUGAAUUAGAUUGGAUAAAUGUAAUUGAUUGGUUCGGAUGAUUGUAAUUGAUUGGGUCGUGUUAUUGUAAUUAGACGGUCUAAGUAACUGUAAUGGGGUGGGUUGAGUAAUUAUAACUGGGCGUUUGCCACUGGACGGACAGGUAUUGGUCAUUGAACGGAUGAACAUUUGUCACUGGACGGCAGUAAAUAUGUCAUUUGUCACCGGGCGGAAGUCACUGUAGAAUUAGUCAUUGUGACCGAAUCGGGUGUAACUGUAACUGGUAGACGAUGGUCAUUGUGGCGGUGGUCACUGCACGGGAAUCACUAUAAAAAUUGAUCACCGAGCGGAUGUCACUUUGUCAAUUGGUCACUGGACAAAAGUCACUACACAUUUGGUCACUGUGAUGCGGGUCAUUGGUGGGGCAUAUUAUUUUUUUGUCACUGGAUGAAUUUUGUAACUAUGUCAUUGGUAGCUGUAACAUUGGUCACUGCACAUUUGGUCACUGUGACGGGUUACUGUAG